ACCUGCUUCCGCCCCUACGUGUUCCAGGUGGCGAUCUAUUCUCUGGGCUUUGAUGCCAGACUUUGAAUUCAGAUUCCAGCUGUGCCACUUUCUACCUGUACAGCUUGAGGCGAUUUCCUUAGCUUUUCUGAAUCUCAGUUCAAUCGUAAAGCCUCUCUUGCGAAAUUUGUUUGAGGAAAGAUUAACGACAAAUCCGUUGCUUUGGUCAGUGACUAAUUGCCACUCCCUAACUUCAGCUCCUUCUUGUGCUCCAGGGAUGCCUGAGGCCUAGGAGAAGUCCGUUGAGAGCGUCUGAGGGCGGGAGGAUCCGCAGUCACCAUGGCAACCGGAGACGCCUGGCGUUCUCCAGCCGCCUGCAGAGGAGCUGAGUAGGCCAGCCGCUAAGACCUCCGCAGCAUGAGUGGGGAGGAGGCGUUGGUGACUACGGUGACGGCGCCCGAGGCGAGCCGCGAUGGGGAGCAGCUGGCCGGUUGGGGAUGCUGGACACGCGGGGAGCACGGCAUCGAUGGCCCACAGGAGUCCCGCAAACAGUGGAAGAAAUUUUUAUAUUGUGAGCCACAUAAGAGAAUUAAGGAAGUACUGGAAGAAGAACUUUAUAUUAAGAGAGAUGAAUGCCACGUUAAAAACCUACCUGCAGUGGCCCUGGAAGGAAUUUGGAGCAUAAAAAGGAAUCUCCCCGUGGAAGGGUUGAAGCCAGGACUGCUGAGCAGAAACACCUUAUUGCCACAAGUCAAGUACUAUUCGAGGCAUGGAGGGCUGAGAAGUAAGACCCCAAUAUCCUUGACUUCCCUCAAAGCCCCUGAGGAUGUUCAACAGUUUACAGAUAAGAAGAAUACAUUUUUUGCUGUUGAGAAGAAGUCUCCUUCUCCUGAUGUCUAAAGAACAGAGAAGAAACAAAGAAACCCAAGCUUGUUGCACAGUUUAAGAUUUGUUUAAAAAAAUAUAUAUUAAUCUAUAAUUUCUAUUAUUAAUUCCUAUCUAUAAAUUAAUCCACAGUAAUGACAGACUACUGGUAACAUUUGCAAAGAACCUGGAAACAAUGAAGGAAACUAUUAAACUUAUAUGUAAUUGUCACAGUUGGAAUACAUUGGGCUUCUAAUUCAGAUUAUUUUAUUAAAUAUGUAAAACAUGAUAAAACAAAGGCAUGUUUAUUGAGUCUUUACUUCAAGGUAAACAUUGUAAACCUUAACCUUUUACUAGGGUAUCAUGUUCAUCCAUUCAAAACAAAACAAAACAGAAGUAAAUCCAUGUAUAGGUACAGGUUAGUAAAUGAAUGACAUAGAUGAAAAGUCUCUGACUCAGAGACAACCGUUUUCAUGCUAGCCUUGAUAGAGCUCAUCAUUUUUCUAGAAUUUGUCCACUAAAUAGUAAGCAACCAGGAAAUUUAUGGAGAAAUCUUAAAAAAAAAAAAAAGAAUUUUGCUAAUACUACUAGGUUAAAAAGAGGUUAAAAAAAGGAGGAAAAAACCAACCUACCCCCCACUCCAGUUGUCAAAAGUAAUAUAUGUGCAGUAGAAAAAUUGGAAAAUAAAGAAAAAAGUCAUCUGUAUUUCAAUUCCCAGAAAAAACCACUG